CCGACUAUGGGUCGUCGACCGCGGACCUAGCGCUCAAACGCUUGCACAGUGAUUAGCCGGUGCAUUGAGGAGUUUUGGAGGAGAGAAGGCUCGACAAGAUGUCGAUCAUCAAAGAUCAAGCGUCCAGUGCGCUGGACCAGUAUAUCAAAGAAGUUAGGAAUCGGAACUAUGCCGAAGAUCAACGCAAGCGCGCUGCGCGCCAGGUCCGAGAUCUGGUCAACAUUGCCAAACAAGAGAUGGGCACGGAGCAGUUCCAACGCUUCUUUGACACCGUCAACCAAAGGACCAUGGCCCUGAUUCAAUCUACGGAUACAUACGACAAGAUGGGCGGGGUCUAUAUCCUCGAUGCGUUGGUAGACUUCGAUGGGAUAGAGCCCGCGCUAAAGUAUAGUCGCUUUCAGCAGUACAUUGGCACCAUCCUGCGUGGAAAGGACCUCAAUCCCAUGCAACCUGCUGCCGUGGUCCUUGGAAAGCUAUGCAAGCCGGGCGGUUCUCUGAUCUCGGAGCUCGUGGAAGCCGAGGUCCACACCGCCCUUGAAUGGCUACAGUCGGAUCGCAUCGAGGAGCGGCGGUACAGCGCCGCUCUCGUCCUUCGCGAGUUGGCGAGGAAUGCGCCCACUCUGAUGUACCCCUACGUCGGCUUCAUCUUCGACCAGAUUUGGAUCGGGCUGCGGGACCCUCGGCAUUUGAUCCGCGCCACAUCGAGCGAGACUGUCAGCGCUUGCUUCAAGAUCAUCCGAGAGCGAGACCAAGAGAUGAAGCAGGAAUGGAUGGACAAGAUGUGGACUGAAGCAGUCAGGGGCCUUAAGACGAGUACUAUCGAAUCCAUCCACGCCUCGCUCCUCGUGAUCAAGGAGCUCCUCGAGCAGGGCGGCAUGUACAUGCAAGGCCACUACCAGGAGGCUUGUGAGAUUGUUUUCCGCCAUAAGGAUGCACGAGACCCGGCCAUCCGUAAGACUGUUGUCUUCCUCAUCCCGGAUCUGGCCAACUAUGCGCCAACGGAGUUUAGCGCGACAUACCUGCACAAGUUCAUGGUCUAUCUCUCAGGCAUGCUCAAAAAGGAGAAGGAGCGGAACGAUGCGUUUCUUGCCAUUGGCAACAUUGCCAACUCGGUCAAGAGCUCCAUCGCCCCGUAUCUCGACGGUGUGCUGAUCUAUGUCCGCGAAGGUCUCAGCGUACAGUCCCGCAAGCGGGGCUCGGUCGAUCCCGUCUUCGACUGCAUCAGCCGGCUCGCCGUGGCGGUAGGCCAAACGUUGAGCAAGUACAUGGAGGCUCUGUUAGACCCCAUCUUUUCCUGCGAGCUCACACCCAAGCUGACACAAGCCCUGGUCGAUAUGGCUUUCUACAUUCCACCUGUGAAGGGGACCAUUCAAGAACGAUUGCUCAACAUGCUCAGCAAGGUUCUGUGUGGCGAGCCCUUCCGGCCGCUUGGGGCACCCCAUCCAAACCCGAUCCCUUCCAUUCCACCCAUUCCCAGAGACUCCAAGGACCCGGCGGUGCACGAGCGGGGCAAAGCCGAGGUGAAGCUCGCAUUGAACACGCUCGGCAGCUUUGACUUCUCGGGCCACGUUCUGAACGAGUUCGUUCGAGAUGUUGCCAUCAAAUAUGUAGAGGACGACGACCCCGAGAUACGCGAGGCCGCCGCCCUUACCUGCUGCCAGCUUUACGUUCGCGAUCCGAUCGUGAACCAGACUAGUUACCACGCCUUGCAGGUAGUGGCUGAUGUUGUCGAGAAGCUGUUGACUGUGGGGGUUUCAGACCCUGAGCCCAAGAUCCGCAGGACAGUCCUCGCCGCCCUCGACGAACGGUUCGAUCAACAUUUGGCCAAGGCCGAGAACAUUCGCACUCUCUUCUUCGCCCUUCACGACGAGCAGUUUGCGGUGAGGGAAGUCGCCGUGUCGAUCAUCGGCCGGCUAGCCCGCCAUAACCCUGCCUAUGUCAUCCCUCAGCUACGCAAGACGAUUAUCCAGAUGUUGACCGAGCUCGAGUACACCGACGUGGCAAGGAGCAAGGAGGAGAGCUCAAAGCUGCUCAGCCUCCUCACGCAGCACGCCCAGGAUCUCGUCAAGCCCUACGUCAGCUCCAUCACCGAAGUCCUCCUGCCCAAGGCUUCCGACCCCAUCCCUACGGUCGCUGCUACCGUCUUGGAGGCUAUUGGCGAGCUGUGCACGGUUGGCGGUGCAGAAAUGCUCGCUUACAAGGACACUCUCAUGCCCAUCGUCAUUGACGCCUUACAGGAUCAGAGCGCCCCAAUUAAACGUGAAGCAGCCCUUCACACCCUCGGUCAACUGGCCAGUAACGCUGGCUAUGUAAUCAAGCCCUAUAUCGAGUAUCCGCAAUUGCUGGAGAUCUUGCAGUCCAUCAUACGGGGUGAGCCUCAGCACGGCCCACUACGACAGGAAACGAUCAAGCUCAUGGGGAUCCUGGGAGCGCUGGAUCCUUACAAAUAUCAGGUCGAAGAACGAACACCGCAAACCCAACGACGUCCUGAGGCCACGCCGCAAACCGAUGUGUCCCUCAUGAUGGGCGGUCUUACACCGUCGCAGGAAGACUACUACCCCACGGUCGCUAUCAACGCGCUACUCCAGAUCUUGAAAGACCAGUCCUUGCUCCAAUGGCAUGGCAAUGUGGUGGAUGCCAUCAUGAGUAUCUUCAUCACAUUGGGGCUUAAGUGCGUUCAGUUCCUUGAUCGGGUCGUGCCCGCCUUCAUUUCCGUCAUCCGGGCGUCAAGCCCGGCGCGACUCGACUACUACUUCAACCAUCUGAGCAGGCUCGUCGGGAUCGUGCGGCAGCACAUCCGCGUCUACCUGCGGGACAUCAUUGAGGUUCUGCAAGAGUUUUGGAACACGACCUCGUCUCUGCAGACGACCAUUAUGGCGCUCAUCGAAUCCAUUGCCCGCUCGCUGGAGGGCGAGUUCAAGAUCUACCUUGCAGAUUUGCUCCCGUUGAUGCUUGGGGUGCUGGAGAAGGACACGAGCACGAAGCGGCAGCCGACGGAGAAGAUUUUCCACGCCUUCCUGGUCUUCGGCUCCAGCGCGGAGGAGUACAUGCACCUCAUCAUUCCCGUCCUCGUGCGACUAUUCGACAACGCGGCGCAGCCCAUGUUUUUGCGGAAGUCGGCCAUCGAGACGAUUGGAAAGCUGUCCAGCAUGGUGAACCUGAACGACUAUGCAUCCAAAAUCAUCCACCCUCUAACUAGAGUCCUCGCCAGCCAAGAACCCAGUCUCAGGGUGGCCGCACUUGACACCCUCUGCGCGCUCAUGCUGCAGCUGGGACGUGACUACCUGCAUUUCGAGCACACCGUCGACAAGGCCAUCACCAUGUAUGGGAUUCAGCACUCCAAUUACGAGAAGGCCGUCGAGAAGCUUAAGAAGGGAGAGGCCCUUCCUCCAAACCUGGCCCCUCGGUUUGAGGACAACGCGGUGGAGCCGUAUACAUCCGAGAACAACCCGCCAAAGAAGCUGGACCUGAAUCCUGUGCACUUGAGAACAGCAUGGGAGACGAAGGGCAAGGCAACCAAGGAUGACUGGCAUGAAUGGUUCCGCAAGUUCAGCACCACACUGCUGUCCGAGUCGCCAAACCACUCGCUCCGCGCCUGCGCGAGCCUAGCAAGCAACUAUCAGCCUCUAGCAAGAGAGCUUUUCAACUCAGCCUUUGUCUCGUGUUGGAGCGAGCUGUACGACUCAUACCAGGAAGAGCUGAUCACAAACAUCGAAAACACCAUCAAGUCGGAGAAUGUCCCGCCUGACCUUUUGGGCCAGCUGCUCAACCUCGCAGAGUUCAUGGAGCACGACGACAAGGCUCUUCCCAUCGACAUUCGUGUUCUGGGACGUGAGGCUGCGCGGUGCCACGCUUAUGCCAAGGCUCUCCACUAUAAGGAGCUUGAGUUCCUACAAGACCACAACAGUCACGCAGUGGAAGCACUCAUUGUCAUCAACAACCACCUGCAGCAAUCAGAUGCCGCCAUCGGAAUUCUACGCAAGGUCAAGGGUUACAAGGACGGGAUCCAACUGCGGGAGAGCUGGUUCGAGAAACUAGAACGCUGGGAUGAAGCUCUCAAUUUCUAUUGUCAGAGAGAACGAGAACUCCCAGAAGAUCAACCCACGCCAGUCGACAUUGUGAUGGGCAAGAUGCGCUGCUACCAUGCGUUGGGAGAGUGGGACUCGCUAGCCUCUCUGGCCGGCAAGACUUGGGCCAACUCGGGUCCGGAAAUCCAGCGGAGGAUCGCACCCUUGGCAACCACGGCAGCAUGGGGCCUCGGAAAAUGGGACUCGAUGGACAUCUACUUGCAGUCAAUGAAGCGCUUCUCACCCGACCGUGCUUUCUUCGGCGCGAUCCUCGCUCUGCACCGGAACCAGUUCCGGGAAGCCUUGGCCUGCAUUGAGCAGGCCCGGGAAGGGCUCGACACGGAACUCAGCGCUCUGGUCAGCGAAUCUUACAAUCGGGCCUAUCAAGUCGUUGUGAGAGUCCAGAUGCUUGCUGAGCUUGAGGAGCUCAUAGUCUACAAACAGUGUGGCCCUGAGAAGCGCGCCACCUUGCGUGCGACUUGGGAGACUCGUCUCAAAGGUUGCCAGCGCAACGUCGAGGUCUGGCAGCGGAUGCUCCGGCUGAGGUCCCUAGUGCUCACUCCGCAGGAGAACAUGCACAUGUGGACCAAGUUCGCCAACUUGUGCCGCAAGUCCGGGCGGAUGGGCCUCGCUGAGAAGUCACUGAAGUUGCUUAUUGACACCGACUCGCCACUGGAAUCCGUCAUACCGUACUGGUUCGAACAGCCAGCCAGCCCCGGUCUCGAACGGAUUGCUUCUCCAAUCGUCUACGCAGUGCUCAAGUUCCAAUGGGAAAUGGGUCAGCAGCCGGGCGUCCGGAGCUCGGACCGCGGGAUCGCUGAGAGGACGCUCUACUGCCUUCGCAGGUUCACGGAAGAGAUGGCGCGCCGUGUGGAGAGCGCGAGGUUGCAGCUGAAUGCUUCCGUGCAGGCCACGAACGGCAUGGGAGACGGGCUAAGCCACCCAAGGUACGCCGACUUGGACGAAAGUGCGGUCUUAGGCCCAGAGGCACAACGUCAAUGGCUUGAACAGACUGUGCUGCUAGCAAAGUGCUAUCUCCGCCAAGGAGAUUGGAUAAUCACGCUGAACAAGGACGACUGGCAACACACGCGGCGCCAAGAUAUUCUUGACUGCUACUCGAAGGCUACUCACUACAAUCCUCGAUGGUACAAGGCGUGGCAUGCCUGGGCUCUCGCCAAUUUCGAGGUGGUCGAGGCCCUGGCGUCCAAGAGGGAGUCGGAAGGCCGGUCGGAGCAUAGCAUCAUCGUUCACCACGUCGUCCCAGCGGUGCAUGGCUUCUUCGAGUCCAUUGCCCUCUCGUCCGGCAGUUCUUUGCAAGACACCCUUCGCUUACUUACCUUGUGGCUGACCUAUGGCGGCUACCAAGAGGUUAUCACCGCUGUCACGGACGGCUUUGCCCACGUCAGCGUCGACACCUGGCUCGAAGUCAUACCCCAGCUCAUUGCUCGCAUCAAUCAGCCCAACAGGCGGGUUCAGGCUUCGAUCCACGCCCUGUUAUCCGACGUCGGACGCGCACACCCCCAGGCGCUUGUGUAUCCGCUGACAGUGGCGAUGAAGUCGCGACAAAGCACGCGGAGAUCCAAGACUGCCAGUUUGAUCAUGGAGAGCAUGCGACAACACAGUCCCAAGCUUGUGGAGCAGGCCGAUAUCGUGAGCCGCGAGCUUAUCAGGGUUGCGGUUCUGUGGCACGAACUCUGGCACGAGGGGCUCGAGGAGGCUUCCCGGCUCUAUUUUGGCGACCACAAUAUCCAGGGCAUGUUCGAUGUGCUUGAGCCCCUUCACGAUUUGCUCGAGAAAGGCCCACAGACGCUCCGGGAGAUCUCCUUUGCGCAAACAUUCGGGAGGGACUUAGGCGAGGCUCGCGAGUGGUGCCGCCAGUAUCGGCACUCCCAAGAUGUCAACGACAUUAGUCAGGCCUGGGAUCUGUACUACCAGGUCUUCCGGCGCAUUAGCCGGCAGCUUCCUCAGAUGACCAGCUUGGAGCUGACGUAUUGCUCGCCCGAUCUGCUCCGGGCGGAGAACCUCGAGCUUGCAGUACCUGGCACAUACCGCAGCGGUCAGGAAAUCGUCAGGAUCACGAGAUUCAAUGGCACCUUCAACGUGAUCAGCUCAAAACAGCGUCCAAGAAAGCUCGACAUUGUUGGGAGCGAUGGUAAAACAUACACCUUCUUGCUCAAAGGCCACGAAGACAUCCGGCAGGACGAGAGGGUCAUGCAGCUCUUCGGACUGUGCAACACCCUGCUCGCCAACGAUUCCGAAUGCUACAAGCGACAUCUCAACAUCCAGCGAUAUCCAGCGAUCCCGCUAUCGCAAAACUCGGGUCUCCUGGGCUGGGUGCCAAACAGCGACACAGUUCACCAGCUGAUCCGGGAGUACAGGGAGUCCAGAAAGAUCCUCCUCAACAUUGAGCACAGAAUCAUGUUGCAGAUGGCUCCGGACUACGACAACCUGACGCUUAUGCAGAAGGUUGAGGUGUUUAGCUAUGCGCUGGACAACACCACGGGCCAGGACCUAUACCGCGUUCUCUGGCUCAAGAGCAAGAGCUCCGAGGCUUGGUUGGACAGGAGAACGAACUACACGCGCUCCCUCGGCGUCAUGUCCAUGGUUGGAUACAUCCUAGGUCUAGGCGACAGGCACCCUAGUAAUCUGAUGCUCGACCGGGUCACUGGCAAGAUCAUCCACAUCGACUUUGGCGACUGCUUUGAGGUGGCGAUGAAGCGGGAGAAGUAUCCGGAACGCGUGCCCUUCCGACUCACACGCAUGCUCACCUAUGCCAUGGAGGUUAGCAACAUUGAGGGCAGCUUCCGCACAACGUGUGAGCAUGUGAUGAGGGUUCUCCGUGACAACAAGGAGAGCGUGAUGGCCGUCUUGGAAGCCUUCAUCCACGAUCCACUGCUCACCUGGCGCCUCACCAACCCUGCCAGCCCACCGGGUCCCCAUUUCAACUCGGAACGGGAACAAGCAAUUGCCGGGCCGCAAGCAGGGCGCGCUCGCCGGCCUUCAAUCCUCGACGCUCCGGUCGCUCCCACCGAAUUCCUCGCCGCUCAGGCCGGAGGUGUGGAUAGCAUGAUAGGCGCUCCUCCGGGUGCCCGCGGUCGCGCACGUACCAAUUCCUCAGCCGCACCCAUGGGCAGCAUGGUCAACGGCAACGUCAACGGCAAUGGUGCGAACGGUGCUCCCGAAAUGGCCGAGGUACAAAACGCUCGAGCGGUCGAGGUUCUCGACCGUGUCUCACAGAAACUUACUGGCCGAGACUUCAAAGCCGAGGACGAGCUCAGCGUCACCGAUCAGGUGAACAAGCUUAUUAUCGAGGCUACCGCACUCGAGAACCUCUGCCAGCACUACAUCGGAUGGUGCAGCUUUUGGUGAGGAUCAGCUUUGUAUGCACACUGCAUGUGAGCUGUACUGUCUAGACAAUUAAUUGGUGGGUUUUGGGCGGCGGAGGAGAUUGGUGGCUUUUAUUUUCCCGUUAUUCUUCGCAAGGCUUAUUCUCCAGGCGCCACUCGUGG